AUGUCCAUGCUCUUACAGCAGCUUAAAGCUAUCCAAGUAGGGGUGUCCCAGCCAUGCUCCGAGACACUACUGAUCGAUUUUCCAUUUAGAUCGCUUCUUAAUACCCGCAAGCCGUCUUUUGGAUUGGGCGGAUUAGGAAAGUCUAAGAAUGGCUCCGGCGAUACAGAAUCUGUGACCACUCCUCCUCUGGAGCAGGAAGCGUCCGCAGUUUCGAGCCCCUCCGUAACGUCUCCUGCAGCUGAGACACCUCUGAGCCCGCCAUUGUCUUUCAACUCGCGGCCACUCAGCGACGAGGCGAAAACAAAAAAGCAGAAGGAACUAUUCGACACUUUCAUCGAUGACAAGCUCAGCGCCAUCCCUCUCCGCCUCAUCGACACCGAAGCUGGCAAACUGCGGAGCAUGAGCGAACUCUCUACCCUCUUCAAAGAGACCGAAUCCUACAAGGCUAUCGAGAGCAAAAUUCUCCGUGCGACACGGAACGAGAUGAAGGCUGCGCUCGAUUCGUUCUUCGAGUAUGCUAUGUUUUCCCAUCGAUGGGGAGCUGCGGAGGAGGAGCCCACGUUCCAAAACAUCAGCUCAAUACCAGCUGACAAGACCGUGUUUGACCUCACUGAGCCACGAGAGAUUCGGAAGCUGAAGCAGUUCUGUACUAUCGCAAAGGAAAACGGUUACCGAUGGGCGUGGAGCGACACAUGCUGCAUCGACAAGACGAACAAUGUUGAGCUGCAGGAGUCUAUCAUUUCCAUGUUCUCGUGGUACCGGCUGUCGGCCGUCACGAUCGUCUAUCUCUCCGAUGCCAUGGACGAAGAGAGUCUCAGACAUAGCGUGUGGUUCACCAGGGGGUGGACUUUGCAGGAACUGAUCGCACCUCGGAUCGUUUGGUUUUAUAAACAAGACUGGACGCCGUACAUUGACAGCAAGCAGAACCACAAGGAGGAGGAGCGCCUAGCUGAAAUCAUCACCGAGGUUACGUCAAUCGAACAUGGUUAUCUCAACGACUUCCAACCUGGUCUCAGGGACGUCAAGCCGAACGAGGUCCGGAAGAGGAUGCAGUGGCUUGCGCGCAGGCGGACAACCAAGGUGGAAGAUAUGGCGUACUGCAUGAUGGGUAUCUUUGGCGUCCAUAUGCCGGUCAUGUAUGGCGAGAAGAACAACGCGUUUGUUCGUCUUCAGAAGGAGAUCAUGAACCUCACAGACGAUCUGUCUCUGUUUGACUGGGUCGGAGAGCCCUCUGAUAUGCACACAUACUUCGCCUCGCACCCCGCCUGUUUCGCGAGGACCGUCGCCGACAAAAAGGACGACGGGUCCUUGGGGGUCUCGUAUAUGCUGAUGUACAAGACGUCCAAGACCCUUUCGACCCUCUACACUGCCUCCCUCCUCUCGAACGUCAAGAAACUCCUUCUCGACCCGCCUCACGGCCACUUCAUCGCCAACGGGAAGAUGAACAUGCCGCUGUUCGUCCACGACGUGCGCACGCUAACUCCCGAGUCGAAGUUCGACCCUCCCGCUCUGGACGAAGAUGGACUCAUCCGCUACUCCAUAAAGGCCGAAGGUCUGGCGCUGGUGGAGUUCACAACGAACCGGCUCCUGCCCCUCCUCGCUACCUCCAGCUCGGAUCGUAGCGGGCCCACCUACCGUCUCGUCCGUAUGUGGGAGACCGGUCUCAUUCCGCCCGAGGAGAUCACACCCGAAACCGAGUCCCCGUCUGAACCAGCCGAGAGCUCGACCAAGUCCAAGUUGGCCGAGUCGCUGGGGGCAGUCGUAAACGCGGUGUCGCAGACUGCCGUGGCCAUGUUCUUGACUCGCCUUCGACAGCCGUUCGUGGCGCUGCUGCUCAUGAGGAGGAGCCCCGACGACCCGUUCGAGAGGGUGGGGACGAUGCAGCGGAUCAUCGCGAAACCGUCUGCAGGCAAUUUCGAGUUCCGGCCCAUCUCCACUCUGAUUGUGAAGUAA